AUGCAUCUACUCAAUACCAUACUCCUAUGUACUGCGGUCGCAUCUGCGACCCCGCGCAUCUUCGACUGGGCAAACUCGAUCCACCAACUGGCCGCAAGAAAGAUCCUUCUCGACUCGACCCUUGCACGUAUGACUAACGCGCAAGCCCUCGCAUCGGUUAAGAAAGAGACAUGUUACAACGGCACGAGGAUACCAUGGCCUCAAAACGAUCUACCUCCUCCGCUAGCAGAUAAGCCCAUUCAACAACUCCACAUCUUCAAGAAGCCGGAAACAGCACCCAACACUCUCACCAUCCACAACUACUGCAACUAUCCCAUCUACUACGUACACUGGAACGGACCUCAAAAUAUCGGCCAAGGUGUGAUCAAGGCUCAUGAUGUUUUCACAAGUCCAUUGAGAGGAUCCGUAAUCAAGGCCAGCAAGACUCCCGACCUGACCAAGGUCGUCCUGAUCGAGUACUUCAACGACAAAGCCACCAAAAAGCUAUGGUACAAUCUCAGUCUUGUAAAGUGUCUCGGCGUCAAUCCUCGGAAUGGCAUGUACACCACCGACACUAGUGCAUGUGCAGGCCACGAGGGUGGUUUGCAGUUCGGCAACAAACAAGUCAUGAGCUACCAGUGUGCGCCGGGCUGGUGGUGUGAUGAUCAAGCAUAUCUGUACGAUGACGGUGUCACGAUGGAGUUUUGCGCGAGCAAGCGUCGAUGA